UCUCCAACCUGCAGGCAUAAAGGAACAGGGGAAAGUCAGUCACGUUAGCCUGUGGCUGGACACACGAGCUGCUCAGCAAGUGAUGUGCUCCCUACACACUGUGUGGACUAAAGGAGGCGCCAGUGACUCAUGCCUGCGCACACACACAAACUGCCUCUCCUGCCUGUCUUUAAAAUAGCACAUCCAAGCACUUGUGGAGGAGACAGGGGCAUCCUUAAUUCCUUCCUGCGCCCCCAUUGACAUUCAAACGUCUUUCUUUUCUGGAGUUUGUAUAAAGAGGAGUUUAUCUGGCUGCUAGGUCCACACUUCAGCCAGUUGGACUAAAGUGUUCUGGAUUUGGGUCCCUCCAGGUACAGUAGUAGGUGGAUCUCGCUAUCCAGUCUUCAAAGAGGAUUGUGAACAUUAGGCAAAAUCAUCAGUCCAAAAGGAUUGUCUCUGGAGAGAUGGCAUCGUCUUCCCCUUCAUCGUCCGACACCAACCAAGACACCAACCCCAUCAAUCUGCGACCCACAACCUACGACACGUGGAGUGGGAUGGCACAUGGAUGCACGAAAAAGCUUGGACUAAAGAUCUGUGGCUUUCUGCAGAGGAAUAACAGUUUGGAUGACAAGAGCAGGAUUGUGAGUUCCUUCAAAGAGAGGCAAGCUUCCAAAAAUCUCUUGGUAUGUGAAAAUAUUGAGAAGGAUUCCCGGUUUGGCCGUGCUGAGACAGACUUCUCCAAUCUCUUUGCUAGAGAUUUACUGCCUGCUAAGAAUGGGGAAGAGUUCACAAUGCAGUUCCUACUGGAGGUGGUUGACAUUCUUUUAAACUAUGUAAGAAAAACAUUUGAUAGAUCCACCAAAGUCCUAGACUUUCACCAUCCUCACCAACUUCUAGAAGGUAUUGAAGGCUUCAACCUGGAGCUGUCUGAAAACCCAGAGUCCUUGGAGCAAAUCUUGGUGGAUUGUAGGGAUACCCUCAAGUAUGGAGUAAGAACAGGACAUCCUCGCUUCUUCAACCAGCUCUCAACAGGAUUGGAUAUCAUUGGCUUGGCUGGGGAAUGGCUGACAUCAACUGCUAACACUAACAUGUUUACGUAUGAGAUCGCCCCAGUUUUUGUACUCAUGGAACAGAUUACACUUCGGAAAAUGAGAGAAAUAAUCGGCUGGACAGAAAAAGAUGGAGAUGGAAUAUUUUCUCCAGGUGGUGCCAUCUCCAACAUGUACAGCAUUAUGGCUGCCCGCUACAAAUACUUUCCUGAAGUUAAAACCAAAGGCAUGGCAGCAGUCCCCAGAUUGGUCCUGUUUACUUCAGAACAUAGCCACUAUUCCAUAAAGAAAACUGGCGCGGCAUUAGGAUUUGGAAGUGAAAAUGUGAUCCUUAUAAAGAGCGACGAAAGGGGGAAGAUGAUUCCUGCUGAUUUGGAAGCAAAAAUCCUUGAAGCAAAGCAAAAGGGUUAUAUUCCUCUAUAUGUAAAUGCUACAGCUGGGACAACAGUCUACGGUGCUUUUGAUCCAAUAUCUGAGAUAGCUGAUAUCUGUGAAAAAUACAAUCUCUGGCUACAUGUUGAUGCUGCAUGGGGAGGUGGAUUGCUCAUGUCCAGAAGGCACCGGCAUAAAUUAAAUGGAAUAGAAAGGGCUAAUUCUGUCACUUGGAAUCCUCAUAAGAUGAUGGGCGUCUUACUCCAAUGUUCUGCAAUUCUCUUAAGAGAAAAGGGCAUACUACAAGGUUGCAAUCAGAUGUGUGCAGGGUACCUGUUCCAACAAGACAAGCAAUAUGACGUAUCAUAUGACACAGGAGACAAAGCGAUACAGUGUGGUCGCCAUGUAGACAUAUUCAAGUUCUGGCUGAUGUGGAAAGCCAAGGGCACUGUUGGAUUUGAAGCUCAGAUCAACAAGUGCUUGGAGCUUGCAGAAUAUCUAUACUCUAAGAUCUACAAUCGAGAAGGCUAUGAAAUGGUCUUUAAUGGAGAGCCUGAGCAUACAAACAUCUGUUUCUGGUACAUCCCUCCAAGUCUUAGGGGAAUACCCAACAGUCAAGAAAGGCAGGAGAAACUGCACAGGGUUGCUCCUAAAAUCAAGGCUCUAAUGAUGGAAUCUGGAACAACGAUGGUGGGAUACCAGCCACAUGGAGAUAAAGUCAAUUUCUUCCGAAUGGUCAUCUCAAACCCAGCAGCGACCAAGUCCGACAUCGACUUUCUUGUUGAAGAAAUUGAAAGAUUGGGUCAGGAAUUGUAAUAGCUGUGUUGUGAGCCAUAAACAUCCAAUGUGCUGGUGGAACUUCCCAAACACUUGGGGGGAUUAUUCGUGUUCUACUGCUGGAUAAAUCACUUGAGGAAAAAUAUGGGUUGUGCAAUGUACAGAGUCACGUUUUAAGGGCAUUUCCUUAACACUUGCACAAUUCCCUUCUAGCACCUUAAAUAACUUAGGCUGCUGGAAUAUGUAUGUAGAUCAUAAACAAAUAGUAUAUUAACUCAUGUUUAAGAUGAACCUUAAAUAAGUAUUUUUGACCUUCUGAAGGCCAAUGUGUCUUGACAACACAUCUCACAGCAGUGUGUUGCACUACCCAUUGGCUUUCAAAGGCUUAGCAAUCUACAUUAUAAUUAAGGAAACUGUUGUACAAUGUAACUGUAUGUAUGUAUGUGUGUGUAUGCGUGUGUGUGUAAAUAUAAUAUAUAUGUACAGGGUAAAGGCAAGUAAUGCAGUUGUCUAAAGCAGAAACUGUUGGCGGCACAGUAUUCAGAAUAAUGUAUUCAAAGGUAUUGAAAGUGUGUUCCAAACAAUAAUUUUUAGGUAAGGUCUCUCACACACCAAGUUUUAGCUGACAAAUGGUAGAUUCUGAUGGAGCAGUCUUUCUGUUCAUUUAAGACAUACACACCAUCAACAAAAGCUUAUAUAUCCACAAUCAAAGAUUUAUCCUAACUGUAGAACAUGCAAGAGUCUCUGCUAAAUGAUACUGGAAGCCUUACUGGGGUAAACACGGGUGGAUGUAUUGGGUUGGGGGUGUGAUCCCUCAUAAUAGGGAGCAUCCCCAGUAAGAAGGCCUCAUAGACAUUUGUCAAGUUUCAUACAUAAACAGAGACAACGGACUAUCUGCACAAAUGUUUGUGGGUUUCUGGCACUAUACUGUAUAUAAAUUCUAUAUACUAGUAGUAGACCCCGAUGUUGGUGAUUUAUCAAUAGCAUAACAAGCGUGAAAAAGCAUUACCCAGUAAAUAGAUGUGCCUCCUGGAAGGAGGCAGUAGUAGCACAGUCAUUGUUACAGGUAUAUUAUCACUGUGUUUUUAGGGAUUUGUUUGUGUAGAGUGUGUACCUUAUUGUUGAACAACUUUGUGAAUACUCGUCCUAGUUUUACAGUAACCUGUUAUAUGAUAGAUAUAUGAAAUACUUGCUUAUUUAUAUGCAAAGAUUUACCGUGUUAAAGAGGUGUCUUGUAUUUUCUUCCAUUUGUAUUGUACCCUAUUUAUAUAUAUAUAUAAUAUAUAUACAUAGUAUAUAUUACUGAAGUAAGUUAUAAAUAAUGAUUAUUGUAUUCAAGUGUCUUUGUGAGCCAAAGAAAAUCUAAAAAUAUAGUAGAAAUUGUAGAUAUGAAUAUAGUGCCAUCCACAGUUAUUCCAUAAAUAUAUAUAAGUAUAAAGUCCAGAACACAGAAUGCUGAAGGUGUUAUGGGAUUGGUCCAGAACACAGAAUGCUGAAGGUGUUAUGGGAUUGGUCCAGUGCAGGGUUUGUUUAGCAAGUGCCAGAAUUCUGCCAUGUCCUGUAAGAAUUGAUCAAAUUAUAGAACUUUAAAGCUGUGUUAGUCACUUAUUGCAAGGAAAUCCUUUUCUUCUGCCAAUCAUAGACUUACCCCACUAUGUUUAGAUUCAGCAGUGAAGGAGGGAGUAACACUAUGGUUCAACAUCCUGUGCCCUGAAUAGUAUACACCAUUGGGUUAGGUAGGUGCAACAAAAUAUUUUUAGCUCAGGGGUCCCCAAUGUUUUUAUACUCAUGAACCAAGUUUUAGUUUAAGUUGGGAAGAACAUUGUUCUGUUUCAGUAAUCUCUUACAAACUGGUACAUUUGCAGAAAUCCUUUCCCUCAUUCGCAAAUUGUCUACAAAAGGGGUCCCUGAGCUAUGGUUUGGGGAUCACUGGUCUACAAUAACAGUAAGUAUGUGCAGUAGGUUGCUUCUACAUAAAUUGGGCACAAACAAGGUUUCCAGAAAUGUUUUCAUGGCACAGAUGGGAAAUCAUAGUGAAACAAGGGGUAAUGUUCUAACAGGUGCAUGGAUCUAGUAACCUGCAGCAACAUAGCACUUGGAAGAUAUGGUUAUACUGUUUGAUAGCAAGCAUCUGAUUGGUUGUUAUGAGUUAUUAGACUUGAAAUGAACUUUUGUCCUUGUUAUUAUAUUACCCUGAUAGAGUCGAAUAGUUAUUACUUUAUCAAAGCACUUUAUAUUGAUCUUUGGACAAUAACCAAACAGUUGCUUUGUACAGAUGAUUGUCCUUCUGCUGUAUGUGAAUUGGUAUAUCACUGUAUGAUUCCAACUGAAAAACCAUACCUGGAAUUACAUUUGCUCUGUCUUUCAGCAGUUGCAUUAAUUGUACAGAAUUCUACAGUCACAUGCUGUUAAGGAUAUUUUUUUUAAUGUCAGGGCAAAGCCUCAACAGUCAGUGCUAAUUAUACUUAUUUGCACAAUAAUAGUUAUUAGGAUGUGUACCUCUCCCUUUGUAGGGAUAUUCAAUUAACGUAAAUAUAUUGGAAGGAGGUGUGGGCACUCACUCAAGUUAACUCUUCUUCUAUAUCAUUAAACUCUCACCAGCAAGCACAAUAUGGAAGAUUUUUCUGCCCUUUAGCAUUCAUGGGAAUUCUCUGAACUGUCUUCUUUCUUGUCUAAAUACUGAUGGCUUUCAGAAACUCUACAAGGUUAAGUGUGUUGCACUCACCCUACUCACUCACUGCCUUCUCUAGCCAUACUUAAGUUACCUUUAUCCUCCUUGAAUGUUACCUCUAACCACUCAUGGACAUUUGUUUUAUCUCUGCCCACUUAGCAAUAUUUCAAUUAUGCUCUGAACAGAAAUCCGCAACACAAUUCCCCAAGUAAUUCCACAAACAAUAGGACUUGUCCAAAUUAUGAUAGGAUAGCUAUGUUUCGGGAUUUGUGGGAUUUCAGCCAGAAGUUGCUUGUCCCAGAUCGACAGCUUUGAUUUUAAUUGUAAAAAAUGUAGGUAUUUGUAAGUGACUAAAACAAAUGCUUGCGUGCCGCUUAUUAUUGAAAAGCACAGACUUUUAAUGGUGGUUUAAUAAAUGAUAUCUGCAACAUUAAGCAAAUGUACAUUAUUUAUAUUUGGCUGCAAACAGAACAGCUUUGGGUUUUUGGAGCCUUCUAACAAUAUACACAAAGUUUUCCCAUAAAACUAAAGGUGACAAUACACAGGCAGAUUAAAGCUGCCGAUAACGGUCCUUUAGACCGAUUUGGCAGAUUAUCUGCCCGUGUGUGUGGGGGCUCCCGACAGGUCCUCCCAAUCGAUAGGCCAAAAACCAACCAGAUAUUGAUUGGUCAAGUUUGAUUUUUUCCCAAGGACCAAACGUUCAGAUUCACCCGAUAUCGCCCAGCCGUUAGUGGGCAUAUCGGGUUAAGAUCCGCUCAUUUGGCGACUUCUGCAAACAAGCGGAUUUAAUAGUAUAUGGCCACCUUAAGUCUACAUUUUCAUUUACAGCCAUGCUUUGAAUUUUUACCAAUACUGAAAUAGGGUUCAAUGCAGAACAAUAUUCAUGUAUAGCUUGGGUGUAUAUAUGUAAACAGUGUAUCUCAUUUUCCUCAAAAAUCAUCUUUCUAGAUAUGUUUUUGGCCAUGUCUGCUGUCUUUAAUGCUGCAAUACCUUUUAUCCUCUACCGAUAUGUUCCCAUUUAAUUCACAGUAAUGAUAAAGCACAAAUGGUAGAUCUUAACAAAACAAUUGGAUUAAUUUAUUAUGGAGACACAAAUGCCCACUUUACUGCCACAUGCAUUUUUUUUACCCAGAAUAUUCUUCUCAUUCUAAUAUCUGUGUGCUCAUUAUGAUUGCUUUGCCAUAUACCUAGAGCAACCAGAAGGGGUGUCUAAAGGGGUUUAGACACCCCUGGGAAGAACAGAGAAGAACAACAGAGUUAGGUAUUAUGUAUGAGCACAGGGGAAUGAUGGUUAUUUAUGCCACAUUAGCAUUAGGCUAGUAAUAGCUACAGGGAUUCUCUGAGCAGAACCCAAAUGCACGUUCAUCUGAUGAAGAUGGCCUGGAGCCCACAUUAUUAUAAUAAAUAUGCCCUAGAGAAACCCUGGCUUAAAAUUUGUUUCCUAAGGACCAAUAACCAAAAAUCCAAAAGAGCAAUGAAUGCUGUUCAGUGUUCAAGUUAUAUAUUUAAAUAACAUUCAAACAUUCAUAUUUGCUGUAGCUACAUGGAGAUGGUAAAUUGUUUGUACCCAGUGGCUGCAGGCUUUUCUGGGUUUCCCAAGGCCCUACAAAAACAACAUAGUUGGGACCAGAAACAUACCAUGCAUAGGUGGAAAUGAGUAACAGCUGUGCUGAGCAGGGGAUGUGCCUCUAAAAACACAAUUUACGCUGAAGCCACUAAAGAAUUUCCCAAUCUCCUUGAUCCAUUUCCCAGGACAAGCCCCAAUCUUUUUAAAAAACAGGUCUGUCAUAUGGUCUUUCUGAUCAUCUCUGCCCCUCCCCUCUAAAGCGAAAUUGUAAGAAAAAUGAGGAAAAAACAAAAAUAAAAUGAUGUUGACUCAGGAGGAAAGUCAGGGACUGUAGCAAUAGCCACUUAGCUUUAUUUAUUUUUAUCAGGGCACUGCGUGUUUGAAAAAAAUUACAAAAUGUGUUGUUUUGUGAUAACUGGGUUCUCGCUAUUCUGUGGCUGAAAAAGAGAGAGAUUUCACUAUUACAGAUAUGCAAUGCAGUUCUAAUUUUGUUAAUAAAAUUCUACCUUAAAAACA